AGCAUCUCAAGCAACGAGACGCAACUUUAGCUUGCAUUCACCGAUAAUUGCCAAAUUUGAGUUGCUCUUUCCUACGUCUCCCUGACUUACUAUCUCCAGUUGACGUCGCUAUGGAUGAGAUAGCCCCCGAAUACGAUGUCGUCGUCCUUGGAACCGGUCUCACUGAAUGCGUGCUCUCGGGUGUGCUGAGUGUGAAGGGCAAGAAAGUCUUGCACAUUGACCGCAAUGAUCACUACGGAGGUGAAGCAGCUUCAGUCAAUAUCGAAGCUCUCUUCAAAAAGUACGGCAACUAUAACAAGGGGGAGGAACCAUGGAAGAAGUACGGCCGCGUCAACGACUGGAACAUCGACCUCGUCCCCAAGCUCUUGAUGUCCUCCGGCGAACUGACGAACAUCCUCGUUUCCACCGAUGUUACAAGAUACCUAGAGUUCAGGCAGGUGGCAGGAAGCUAUGUCCAACAAUACUCGGGGGCCAAGGCAGCUGUGGCCAAGGUGCCUUCAGAUGCUGGAGAGGCUCUGCGUUCGUCCUUGAUGGGCAUAUUUGAGAAGAGGAGAAUGAAGAGCUUCAUCGAGUGGAUUGGCACAUUCAACGAAGCUGAUUCUGCCAGCCAUAAGGGACUCAACAUCAACACAUGCACAAUGAAGGACGUUUAUGACAAAUUCGGGCUUGAGACUGGGACUCGGGACUUUAUUGGUCAUGCUAUGGCUCUCUACCAAACCGAUGAUUACCUUACUGAGAAAGGACGCGCUCCAGAGGCCAUUGAACGCAUUCGACUCUAUGGCAACUCCGUAUCGAGAUAUGGAAAGUCCCCAUACAUCUACCCUCUUUACGGUCUUGGAGAACUCCCGCAAGGAUUUGCUCGUCUGUCUGCUAUCUACGGUGGAACUUACAUGCUCAACACCAACAUCGAUGAAAUCAUCUACGAAGGUUCGAAGGCAGUUGGAAUUAAGGCGACGAUGCAAGAUCGCGGUGGAGAGGAGCCCAUGAAGUUCACAACAAAGUGCAAGAAGAUUCUAGCUGAUCCGUCUUACUUCCCGGGCAAGGUUCAAGUUACUGGACACGUUUUGAAAGCCAUCUGCAUUCUGAACCAUCCUCUUGCUGGAACAGACAACAGCGACUCCUGCCAAUUGAUCAUUCCCCAAUCUCAGGUUGGACGUAAUCACGAUAUCUACAUCGCUGUCGUUUCAAGCGCCCACAGCGUUUGUCCCAAGGGUUAUUACAUUGCCAUUGUGUCCACAAUUGCCGAGACGACCGCAAAUCACCAUCUGGAGUUGGCACCAGGUUUUGAACGCCUCGGCAAGAUCGAAGAGAAGUUCAUGGGUCCCCCAAUUCCAUUGUACGAGCCUCUUGAGAGCGGUAUGAACGACAAUAUCUUCAUCUCCAAAAGCUAUGACGCAACCAGCCACUUCGAGACCACAACAGAUGACGUCAAGGAUAUCUACCGUCGGGCCGAGGGCCAUGAGCUCGUUGUUGAGGGCUUGAGGGAGGGAACGAACUUGGUGGGUGAUGACAACUGAGAUGGGGGAGGUAUACGUAUAUAGAAGCGGAUGCGGUGAGCAAGUAGUUUGUUUAGCAUUAGUGAGAAUGAGCAUCGAAUUUUGAGCCGUGACUUCGUUUUACCUGAUGCUUUUUUGACUGGUUUCUUAUUUUGUAUAUACAGCACCUAGGUUCUUGCCGGUGCGCGCACCGCUCUCAAUCCUGCAGAAGCCUCGGGAUUGGCACUUUGGAAACGUCCUAUAGAGAGCGGAGAUG